AUGACCCUAACACAAACCCUCCUCCAUCUAACAAAUUUCCGCUCCCCAUUCCUCCGCACCCUCAUCCCAGCCAUCGGCACAGCUUUCGCCAUUCAAUCCGCAGUUGCCGUCCCGAGUAUCUUGCUUCAAUCAGAAAGAUUCUAUGAUUUAAGUGGUAGUUUGACGUAUUUGAGUGUGGUGGGGUUGAGUUUGUGGUUGCCCGGUUUGAGGGAGAGGGGAGGGAGUGGGGGAGGGGGUAUUGAGUGGUCUAAACUCCUAGAAGCAUUUUCAAAAAAUGCACCCCCUAAUGCUUUGAAUUGGAGACAGGUGGUUCUUAGUGCUGCGGUGGGGGUGUGGGCUACUAGACUUGGUAGUUAUCUUUUUAUGAGGAUAUUAGGGGAUGGUCAUGAUUCUCGUUUCGACGAAAUCAAAAAAUCCCCCCCAAGAUUCCUCGCCGCUUUCACCGCCCAAGCAACCUGGGUAUCCCUCUGCUGCCUCCCCGUCAUCGCGCUAAACGCACUUCCCCGCCCCCUCCUAACAACCCUCCCCACCCUACUACUAACCGAUAUCCUCGGACUCCUCCUCUUCACAGGAGGACUCACGUUUGAAAUCCUCGCCGACCGACAAAAAUCCGCCUGGUCGGCCGCCAAAAAGCGCAAAGAACACGAUGAGGAUUUUCUUACUUCAGGUCUGUGGUCGAAAUCGAGACAUCCGAAUUAUUUCGGUGAGGCGACGUUGUGGACGGGGAUUGCGGUGAUGAGUGCGGGGGUUUUGGCAGGGAGGGUGGGUCAAUUGGGGAUGGGGACGAGUGCUUGGGGAAUUGGGGGGAGGGUUUUGGCAUUGGGGAUUGCGGGGGUUAGUCCGGCUUUUGUGUCGUUUUUGUUGUUGAAGGUUAGUGGGGUGCCGUUGAGUGAGGGGAAGUAUUCAGUCACACUCAAUCCCACAGAAGAUUCCAACCCUACAUCCUCGCAAGCGCGAGACUCUCCUCUCUAG